AUGACCGACUCCCACCCAGCCACGGCAACGGCCACCGCCCAUCCUCACAUCUCGAUCGCAACACCCACACCACGACCGCUUUCUUCGUCACCGCUCUCGCCGCAUCGAGGCUCGCCUGCCCCGCCGUGCUCGUCAUCCACCUCGGCACCACCCGCUGAGAUCGAAGCAACGCUCACGCGGCUUUCGACGCAUCAAGGCGUGCUAGGCUGUCUCGUGCUCAGCCGCCACGAUGGCUUGGUGAUUCGAAGCGGAGGUCAGAUGUUCGAUCCCAGCGGCCCCGGUGCCAAGGGGAGGGCAGAGAUGCUCAAGAGUGUUACGAGCUUGGUCAAGAGCAGCGUGGAGAGCCUGGCGGCCGAUAUUCGGGGGAUUGACGAGACGGACGAGCUUGGCUUCCUGCGCAUCAGGACCAAAAAGUACGAGAUCAUGAUCACGCCCAACGACAAGUACCUCUUGGUCGUGCUGCAGGAUCCCAACGCAGCCGUACAGUGA